UUGAGUGCUGGCGAACUGUUGCGCGAGAAUCGAUGCUCGGCUUGUGCACGCUGUCGCUACGAUGUGCAGAACAACUUAUGCGAUGACGAAACAGCACCGCUGAGGUCUGCGCGUGAAGUCGAGCUAGCGGCCGUAAGGCACUAGCAUUUAGCCUCCAGGAGAGGAAAUGGGCGCUACAGCAUGUCGAAGAGCAGCCUGUGCACGGCUGCAACGCUUGUGCUGACCAUUUCGGCACGCCGACGCGCUCCAGCUCCAGCUGACAGCAUGCCUACUCAGCCAGCCACCGCGUCCUUGAGCGGCAGCGGUCAACAUUACGCCAUGGAGCUGGAGAUUCCGAUAGGCACGGAUGCGAAGGACAUAACUCUAAGCUGGGCGCUGCCGGCCGCCGCCUACGUGGACCGCGACGAGGUCGAGACGCGCGCGGGCUGGCCCGCCUGCGUCCGCGCCGCCCAGUUCACGGGUGCCAGCGACGUCGAGGCGCCGGAGUACGACGCCGCUGCGCACAGCGUGGGCCUCCGCUGGACGCUCGACGCGUGCGACGCGCUGUCAUUAAGCAUCCCGGUGCACCUACGGGCGCCGACGCCCGACGCCUCGCUUUUGUUGGGCGGGCGGCGCCGCAUUCCGUUGGAUGAUUUCGUGCUGCGGGUCGACGGCCGCGCGUACGGGCGGCCGGCGGACGCGGCGCCGCUCGCGGCGUUUGUGGUGCUGCCGCCGGGCGGGGCCGCGCCGGCCUGGGGCGUGGCGGUCGUGACGCUCGCCGUGCUGUUCCGGGAGGCGCUGCGCGUGGCGCGGUGCCUGACGAAGCGCAAGCGGAGCUGAGCUGACGACGCCUUGUUUCUUUUUUGUGUGUAAUACUUCCUUUUUUAUG